AUGUCGAACGAUUUAAACUCGAAACGGUUGGGAAUAACAUACCAAAUCCGGACCAAGUUGAAUUUCCUUGAUGAGAGGCUCUGGAAACGAUUUUCGGCGAGAAGACUCGAAUUAAUCGACACCUUAGAAUUGAGCUCCAAGAAGGCAUCUGAGCAAGAGGAUGAAAUUAGAAAUGUGGCAGAAACUUUACGGAAGGAGUUUAACUAUACUGAGGACUACUUCAAUGACUUCGAUAGGCUUGUACGAGCUGCCAUCCAGAGUGUGCGAAGGAACAGAAAGAGAUCGUACCGAUCUAAGAAAGGCUCUGCGGUAACAAUGCCUCUGGCUGCUGGAGCUACUGAAGCCUUACAUGGAAGUGAGAGCCCAGAGUUUUCAUCUAAAAGACAUAAGAUGUUUCUGGCAUAUCACGACAUAUCCCCGAGCUCAGGAACUUCUGUUUCACCUACAAAUGAACUCGUUGUGCAUACGGUCAAUAUGUCCUUGGGCCACGGCAAUGUGCCAGAUUCUGGGGCAAACUCAUCGGUAGAGUCGACGUUAGGAUUAGGAGUAGGUGAUCACAAAUCAAGCGUUGAGCCUGGCCAUACAACUGGUGGGGAAAGCGACUUUUCGUCGGUUCAGAGGAAUAAGUUCAUAUCAGAGAUCUCUAGGUUAAAUUCCGACUCUCAGGAGGAGACGAUAAAUUAUCCUAGGUCAAGGAAUUUCACAACUUUUGAUCGCUCGAGAGGUGUCAUAGAUUCUAUGAUAACACCUAGAAUAAGCCAAACACCUAGUAAUGCUAUGGCCACCAGCACCAAUGCUGCCAAAAAGAAUAUGCAUGAUGAUAAAGUGAGUGCUUCUAUACCUGUUUUACCUCCCAUUACCAACUUUCACUCGCACAAGGACCGUCUUUCUCACCCACCAUCUCCAUCUUCUGCUUUUUUCAAUGGAAGUUAUCAGGUCAUCGGCAAACCAUCAUCUUCAGGCGUGGUCGACAAGUCACACUCUGCUACCCUUUUACUACUUAGUUUCAUUGAAAGGUCUAAAACAUGCUCAGAAUCUACUGCAUAUCAUAACACAGAAAAUUUACAGAUCUUAGGUAGAGCUGCCAUGACUUGCGUUAUAUCGUUUUUAUUCGAAAAGUCAUUCUAUAUGUUAAACGCAACAUCCAUUGUGUACUUAAGGGACAAGUUAUUGCAGGACCAAUACUUGGCAAGAAUAUUUCGAGAAUUGGAUCCUAGUACGGUAUCAAACAUCGUAGCUUUAAAUGAUGAGACUGCGGUGGUGUCUCUCUGUACUUUGCUUGGAGGUUGUGUAAAAGAUUUUGGAUUCGAUUCGAUACUAUUCGCCCUAUGUGAAAUAGUUUACCAUCGAGUGAUAAAGGAAUAUCCACUUAUAGCUAAAAACGCUAUUGAAUUCAAAAGAGAACACAAGGAAGAUUUGACUCCUCGGAGCGACCCUCAAGAUUCUGAUGAAGACAUGAGCCAAAAGGAUAGUAAAGACAUAUAUGAUGGUCUUUCCCAAUUAAACUCCUUGGCUGCUAUUGCAACGGAUAUUCAAUCUCAAGAAAAGAAACUACAAGAAGAUAGGAAUAGAUACUCUGAUCCCCUUAACAAGAAGGUCACUUUAAAAUUCUUAACCUCAGUCUUGGAGUUUACUUAUCCUGCUGGUAAUUCUGCAUAUCCAAGGCUAGUUGAAAUGAUUGAAAACGGAAAGGCUGCAUUCAAGCUUCCUAUGGAUAACGAUUCUUUAGCAUUCAGCUUGAAAAAUGCUCAAGAUGGAAGUCCAAUAGGUUCAGAUCUUGACUUAGAAAAGAUUUUUAAGAAUUCAAAUCUAAUUGAGUUGGAGAUGUUUGUACGUAGAGCAAAAGAUAUUCCAAUAAGCGAGCUUACAUCUACUGUGUUGCCCACUGGUGGGCCACCAAAAGUACUACUUCCUCCUCCUUUUGGUGCAAGAACAUCUCCAUUGUCCAGUCUGAGGAUCAAUGGAGGAGUAGCACCACUUAAUCCAAUCCCAAUGGGUGGUUUCAAGUUUUUGUCGAAUUUGGAAGAUUCCCCACUUCCUCCACCGGUAUUACCUAAGUUUCAACCAUUAUUAUAA